AUGCCCGAGUCCCCCGGGAGGGUCCGCAAACAUACUGUCCGGGCGAGAAGUCUGAAUCAGAAUCCGGGGGGGGGGGGGGGGGGGGGGGGGGGGGGGGGGGGGGGGGGGGGGGGGGGGGGGGGGGGGGGGGGGGGGGGGGAGGGGGGGGGGGGGGGGGGGGGGGGGGGGGGGGGGGGGGGGGGGGGGGGGGGGGGGGGGGGGGGGGGGGGGGGGGGUGUCUGCUGA